CACAACUAACUAGGACAAUGAUAUAAUGAACCCCCAAAGCACAAACCAUCAAAUGACGUGUGUCUUGACUAACAAAACUGAAUACACCGUUUAACCCGUCGAAGUCAACUCUUCGGGAAGGUAACCUUGAGAUGCUCAACCGUUUUGAAUCCAUUGGACUGUCAGCACCACAACCACUUACAUUAAAACUUAAUAGGGUGCUUGUGUUGACUAUGUCCCUCCACAUGGAGGUGAUGAGGAGCCUCCUUGGAUUUUGUGAUCGUGCUUGGGAGAGGGGAGUUGAAGCAAAACCUAGCCUCUUUCCGUUGUUGCUUCAGCUGCAGUUACAAGAAAGGCAACAGCGGAACACAUACACAGGAGUAGAAAGAACCUAAACACUAUCUAGACCAGUGAUUUGCACAGUCUUCGUCAAGCUUAUGUGAGUGCCUGAUAGAGAGAUGGAGCGUGCCAUUGUUAGUGCCAGUGCAGGUGCAGUCAACAUACUUUUACGUAAGCUAGGCACAAUGCUCAUCCAAGAAGCACAGCUCCUUGGAGGCUUCCGGAGUGAGAUGCAACUCAUGAAGGAUGAGCUGGAGAGCAUGACAGCCUUUCAUCAGGAUGUUGCUGAGAGGGCAAAUAGUAGCAAACAGUUCAAGAUUUGGAUGAAACAGGUCCGCGAGUUCGCGUACGAUGUUGAGGAUUGUGUUGAUGAGUUUACGCAUCACCUUGGCAGCAGCACGAGUGGAUCUGGCCCUGCUGAGUUCUUCCACAGAUGCAUCUUUUUCCUGCGGACUGCCAGGGUCCGGCGUCAGAUUGCCAAACAAAUCAAAGAACUGAAAGUGCGUGCCACAAUUAUCAGCGACCGAAACUCAAGGUACAGUGGUGAUCAUCUCAUCUCUGGAGCAGAAGGGGCAUUUGCUGCACAACCAGCAGUAGCUGAUACUAUUUCUCUCGAUGUCCAUAUUCACGCGCCCUUCUCGGAGAUAACUGAUCUUGUGGGCAUUGAAGGCCGUCAAUGUAAUCUUGUUAAUUGGUUGGUGGAUGAGAGGGUAGAACAAUUACUGGUGAUAUCCAUAUUAGGCUUUGGCGGUUUGGGUAAGACAACCCUUGCAAUGACAACAUAUCAAACAGUGAGUGCAACCUUCCAAUGUCAAGCUUUUGUAACUGUAUCCCAGAAAUUUGAUGUCAAAGCUCUCAUAAGGGACAUUAUUCGACAAAUUAUUCAACCAGUAGAGCGAAAUUGCCCAACAUUCACAGAGGAACCACUGAAAGGCAUGGAAGAAUGGGAUGCGGGACAACUUGCAAACAUACUAAGGCAGUAUCUAGAAGAGAAGAGGUAUCUUAUUGUUCUUGAUGAUGUGUGGACCAUCUCAGCUUGGGAAGGUAUUCGAGUUUUUCUGCCUAACUCGCGUACUGGAAGCAGAAUUGUGGUUACCACAAGAAGUAAAACUGUAACGCAAGCCUGCUGCCUCCGUGAGCAUGACAAAGCUUAUGAUAUUGAGCCACUCACAGAUAGUGAAUCUAGAGAGUUAUUUUUCAAGAGAUUAUUCGGUAACAGGGAUAAUUGCCCAACUGUCCUGACAGAAAUUUCAGAGAAGAUCUUGGGAAAAUGUGGUGGUAUACCCUUGGCCAUUGUUAGUAUUGCGGGUCUCUUGGCAAGCCGGUCCGUGCAUAGUUCUGAUCACUGGGAGAAGAUUUAUAAUUCUCUUGGCACGGAGCUGGAAACCAGUCCCUGGCUGGCGAAAUUGAAGAAAAUUCUUGAGCUUAGUUAUAAUGACCUGCCUUACUAUUUGAAAGCAUGUUUCUUAUAUUUAUGCAAUUACCCCGAGGAUCAUAAGGUCAGAAGGAAAAGUGUAAUGAGGCGGUGGAUAGCAGAACGCUUUGUGACUGAAAAGCGUGGAUUAAGUGCCUUAGAGGUGGCCGAGAAUUAUUUCAAUGAAUUGCUCAACAGGGGAAUUGUUCAUCCAGUUGACAUGAGCUUUGAUGGGAAAGUCAAGACUUUUCGAGUUCACGAUUUAAUGCUAGAGAUCAUUAUUACAAAGUCAAUGGAAGAUAAUUUCAUCACUUUCAUUGGCGAACAACAUUCCUUAGCUCCGCAAGAGAAGAUCAGGCGUCUGUCUUUUCAUGGUGGAAGUAACAAAUAUAUUGCCACAAGCAAAAUGGUAAGCCAUGUCCGAUCAUUGAGCAUAUUUGCUGAUGGAGAGAUAUUACAGUUUGCUUGGAUGAAACUGCUGAGGAUAUUGGACUUAGAAGGUUGUGAAUUUGCCAGAAAUGGAAAUCUUGAAAAUAUAUGUACACUGUUUCAGUUGGAAUAUCUCAGUGUCAGAAAUACCUAUGUCACUCAGCUCCCUCUUCAAAUAGGGAACCUGAAGAAGUUGGAGACACUGGAUGUCCGGGACACAGGCAUAAAGCAUUUGCCUCCUCACAUUAUCAAGCUGCCAAAUUUAUCAAACCUACUUGGAUGGAGAAGAAUUUAUAACUACAGUGGUUUGUAUCCUCUUUCCGAGUUUUGGGGGAUGCACAUCCCUGAGAAGCUUGGCAAUUUAGAAAUGCUUACAACCCUUGCGCAAAUUGGGAUCACAAACUCUAAUUCUCAUUCCAUAUCUGAACUGGGAAAGCUUUCGCAGUUGAAGAAGCUAGGAGUAAUGAUGUUUGUUGAUGAUGACAUGAACUGGAUAUCUUUGAUCAGUGCCAUUGCAAAUCUGAGCAGCCUCCAGUCUCUGCUGAUUUGGCGACCUCAUGGAGUAAUGAAUUUCAGGAUUCUUGAUACACUAUCCAGGCCACCAAUCUUUCUAAAGAGCAUAAACUUCAGAGGUAAGUUGGGACAACUACCAAAAUGGAUUGGUUCGCUAGCGAACCUCACCGAGUUGACCCUUCGUGCCACUGAAUUGGAAUCUAAUGACCACAUGAAAAUUCUCGCUUUGUUGCCAAGCCUACUCUAUCUCAGGUUGCAUCACAGUGCAUACACCGGAACACACCUCGCGUUCUAUGCAUCAGAAUUCACCAGUCUUACACUGCUCACCAUUCAUCUAGGUGUAAAGCAGGCAUUGAACCUGAGGUUUGAGGAAGGCACAGCGCCUAAGCUCCAUCGCCUAGAGCUAUCUUUCUUUGAAGAAGCUUCCAUCCAGCGGCCUUCAGGUAUCAAUUUUCUUUCAAAUCUUCAGGAGGUCUUGAUCCAUGCUGAUCGAGAUGAUAACUCAGCCGGUAUGGUGCAGUAUUUGAUGGAUGAAGCUAGCAGGAAUCCUAACAAACCCACUGUCACUUUCAAGGCAAAACAAUGGAAGCCAACUGGCACAAGGAGAGAUCCACCCAUAGAUUACAUGGGAAAUACCUGGUUUUGAUAAUGCGGGCACUACUGUACAAGCGUGAUCUGUAUUCUGAACAGGAUCCAGAAUAUUUGCAGUGUUAUGGGGUAUUCUCUCUAGGUAACUAACUGGCCUGUAGAAUUGACAUUCAUAUGGGUGCGGUCUCAGCUACCAAUGUUGAGAAAAUCGCUUAUCGGGUUCAACUCGGUCGGCUGACGAUUAGCGAUUAAUAGGCAAAUCGGACGAUUAAUCGGGCGAUAAAUGAGUUAAUCGGACGAUAAAUGAAUUUAUCGGCUAAUCGAUGACCACUGAAUAGGGAUUAAUCGGGCGAUUAAUCGUUGAAUCGGACGAUUUUUUGAACAGUGCCUAUUCCUGACAAGAUGGAGACAUUUGGGUCAUCAGCCUUGUGUUGGGUCUUUCUGGAAAAUCUUUGAACGUUGUUUUGUACGUGAAACUAAUCGCCGUACCCGCAUUGCAAAUUUGUAAUCCAUUAGUUAUUUGGAUGUGUGUUUACACGAUAUAUACUUGACCAGGGUUGCUUGGAGAGUUGGAGUAGAUCUUCAAGAGGACGUCAACGCUGGUUACAUUGGCUGGGCUCCAGUGCCCUGCCUGCAAUCAAGAGAAGCCAUGGCCGCGCCAUCUGGUCUUCAGCUUCUGGACUAUUUUUUGUGCAAUGAAUCCUACUACAUGACUUUACUUUUGCCUGCCAUGCUGCUGAGUGUGGGUUGCCAUGCUGCUGAGUGUGGGUCGAUCAGUCGCCUGGCUGUGUUAAAAUCCUCUCUAGUUGUCGUGUGUACCUCGCUUAGUUCAGUUUAGAA